AUGAAGAAUCGGUACAUCUCUGUUGAGGUGGCGGCUAAGGCUCGCGCGGCACGCGUGGCAGAAGCCAAGAGGGUCAAUCCUAGCUUCAAUGCCCCCACGACUGCUGUGAUGGGCAGUCCUGGUACAACGGCCCUUUACUUGCUGACCCUGUGGGAUGGCAAAGCCGAUGCAGCGCCAAAGAACUGGGUUCGGGCUUUCUUUGAAGAAGAUCGUAUCCCUUACCGUGAGGGAUACAGAAAGCCUAAAGUUGCAAUCACCUCCGAUGACCUCACAAAGCUGACAAACAGAGUGAAUGCAGUUCCGGUGUAG